GUUAGUCUCCAACCUCACUUUUCCACCUAUGAACAUAACCCACAGAUCUCGACGAGUUUCACAGUAGAUUUUUAAAGGCGAAACAUGCCCAAAAAAUGGGAAACUCUGGGUGUUUCCAUACACCCGGAAUUGCGGAAUGCCAUCCAGAGCCUAAAUUUCCCAUUCAUGACUCCGGUACAGGCUGCAACCAUUCCCCAAAUGCUAAACAAAAAAGAUGUGGCAGCUGAAGCUGUAACAGGCUCCGGAAAGACUCUGGCCUUCCUAAUCCCCAUUCUGGACAUUCUGAAGGCCAGGGAAACGGAUGGGCCUUGGCAAAAGCACCAAAUUGGGGCCCUAGUGAUUUCGCCCACUAGAGAGCUGGCGCUUCAGAUCAAAGAGGUGCUCGAUCAGCUGCUGUGCAGUAUAACAAAUUUAAAGCCAAUUCUGUUUGUGGGAGGCAACAGUGUGGACGACGAUGUGCAUAACUUCAAAGAGCAUGGGGGCAAUGUAGUAAUCUGCACUCCCGGUCGCUUGGAGGACUUGUUAACGCGACGACUGGACAUUAACCUGCCAAACGCCGUGAAAAAACUGGAAGUGCUGGUUUUGGAUGAAGCGGACCGACUGCUGGAUUUGGGGUUCCAGAAAACCAUUGACACGAUCCUCAGCUACCUGCCCAGGCAGAGGAGAACUGGACUUUUCUCAGCUACGCAAACCAAAGAAGUGCAAGAUUUGAUUAGGGCAGGCCUCAGGAACCCAGUGCUCAUCAGCGUAUCGGCCAAGGCGAAGCAAAGCACUCCAGACAUGCUGGAGAACUUCUACAUCCUAGCAAAGAAUGACGGCAAACUCGCCUCUUUGUUGACCUUUCUUCAGCAAAAGCACAUUCAAAAGGCCAUGCUAUUCUUGCCAACUUGUGCCUGCGUGGAUUACUGGUCGAAGAUAUUCUCGCAUGUGCUCCCAAAGGAGCUCGAGCUACCAGUGUUGGCGAUCCACGGCAAGUUGAAGGAGAAGCGCAAAAAGGUCCUGGACACCUUUAGAGACAGCGAAAAGGCCUUGCUGCUGUGCACAGAUGUAAUGGCUAGAGGAAUCGAUGUUCCAGAGGUUGAGUGGGUGCUUCAAUGGGACCCGCCUGCUAAUGCUGCCGCUUUCGUGCAUCGUGUCGGAAGAACUGCACGACAGGGCCACAUGGGCAGCGCCUUGAUUGUGCUGCUGGAAAACGAAGAGUCUUAUGUGAAUUUCAUUGAAACCAACCAAAGAGUAAAGCUGAUUCCAGUUGAAGAUAUGGCAGAAAAAGACUGCAUCGACGUGCUAAGGGAGAAAAUUCGAAGCCUCUUGAAGAAGGACCGCGCCUUAAUGGAGCUGGCAACCAGAGCAUUUGUAUCGCAUGUCCGAGCUUAUUCUAAGCACGAGUGCUCGUUGCUGCUCAGAGUAAAGGAGCUUCCCCUUGGGGCUCUAGCGGCCACCUACGGACUGCUACAGCUGCCUAAAAUGCCCGAACUGAAGCACAGAGAUCUCUCAGACUUUCCCGUGGUUGAAGACCUGGAUGCCAACACAAUUCCCUACAAGGACAAGCAAAGAGAGGCCAUGCGGAAGAAGAAAUUGGGGGAGUUUCAAAGCACUGGUGUUUGGCCCGGUAAGAAGACGAAGCACAUAAAAAAGGACACUGAGGCGUGGUCAAUUGCCAAGCAGAACAAAGAGACGCGAAAGGAGAAGCGAUCGAAAAGGAAGCAGGCGAAGGAGGCCGCGAAGAAUGCUGGCAAAGGCAAAAAGCGCAAAGGUGGGAUAACUGAAGAGGACUUGGAGGAGCUGAAAAAGGACAUAGCCUUGCUGAAGAAAUUCAAAAAAAAGAAAAUCACAGACGAGCAGUAUGAACAGGCAAUUGGCCUGGAAUAAAUGGGUAAAUAAAUGCAAUUAAACAGU